AUGCCCGCUCUGCCAAGCUUCUCGGAGCAGUCCACGCUGUGCGGUGUCGCCGCAACUGGCUCUCCGCCACCAAUUGGGGAUGGUGCAAGUAGCCGACCUGCCCUCAUAGAUGUGUUGUCCGUAGUACUCGGCCGCUAUAUGUUGAAGCCUUUGACGACUCGGUUCCGUACCAAAGUCAACAGCGUGACAGCCAUGUUCUCACCAGCGUACUCAGAAGCAUAUUCGUCGCCAUCACCAUCAAGCGUAUCACAUCAUUCCGACGAUCUGGAACUAUCAGAAUGCCCGACGUUUCUCCCUUCAAACCAACCGGAGUACGUCAAAGCACGGCUCGAGCGUCUGUCCAUGGAAGCUGUCGAUUUGAUCGCAGACAAGCAAUUUUCAAGUCCGCUCUUACGAUGCUUCUCGCCGAAUCUGAAGUCUGUCUACGAAGGCGUGACGAUCAACACUGGACGGGAGUCGAUAUUCAACCAGCUUGCACAGGUAUCGGAACAGUAUCCAGACUGGCGUACCGAAGCUAUUGACGCGUUAGCCGAAGACGUUAAAGACGAUCUUCUGGAGCACGCCCAACUGCAAGGCACAUUUAGAUGCUGUGGUGUUUGUCCGACGGGGAUGCGUGUUCCGAAUGCCGGACAUAUGGUCUUCUCUGCAAUUGGGCUCUUCAUCAAAUGUGUCUGCCAGCAAGAUCAUUGGGGCCUGUGGUGUCAUUCCCGUGACUGUGUCCAGACAGAGGCGUUUGCAUUUCCAGCUCAACACGUCGAUUCCAUCCGCCGAUGGAGACUUUAUUGA